CGCCACCACGUGCUGCCCGCGCCAUGGAGCUGGAGGAGCUGGGCAUCCGGGAGGAGUGCGGCGUGUUCGGCUGCAUCGCCUCCGGCGCCUGGCCCACGGAGCUGGACGUGCCCCAUGUGAUCACGCUGGGGCUGGUGGGGCUGCAGCACAGGGGCCAGGAGAGCGCUGGAAUUGUGACAAGUGAUGGCGAGUCAUCCCAGGCAUUCAAAGUACACAAGGGAAUGGGUCUUAUAAAUCACGUCUUCAGUGCAGACAGCCUGAAGAAGCUGUACCCUUCAAACCUUGGUAUUGGGCACACGAGGUACUCCACCUCAGGAAUUUCUGAGCUGCAGAACUGCCAGCCUUUUGUUGUAGAGACUCUUCAUGGGAAGAUCGCUGUGGCACACAAUGGGGAGCUAACAAAUGCUGCCCAACUCAGAAGGAAGCUUAUGCGGCACGGUGUAGGACUGUCCACCAGUUCUGACAGUGAACUGAUCACCCAGCUGCUGGCUUUCACACCUCCACUGGAAAACGAUGAUACGGCCGACUGGGUGGCAAGAAUCAAAAACUUAAUGAAGGAAACUCCGACUUCAUAUUCAUUGCUAAUCAUGCAUAAGGACAUAAUCUAUGCAGUACGUGAUCCAUAUGGGAAUCGCCCGCUCUGCAUUGGUCGCCUUAUUCCAGUCGGGGACAUGAAUGGAAAAGGAAAAGAUAACACUGAAACAGAAGGAUGGGUUGUCUCUUCUGAAUCCUGUAGCUUUUUGUCUAUUGGUGCAGAGUACUAUCGGGAGGUCCUUCCUGGAGAGAUUGUGAAAAUAUCCAGACAUGAUGUCCAGACACUGGAUGUUGUACAAAGACUUGAAGGAGAUCCAUCGGCAUUCUGCAUCUUUGAAUACGUUUAUUUUGCAAGACCAGACAGUAUUUUUGAAGGUCAGAUGGUAUAUUCAGUCCGCAGAAGAUGUGGGCAGCAGCUUGCUAUUGAAGCACCUGUGGAAGCAGACCUGGUCAGCACUGUUCCAGAGUCUGCAACUCCAGCAGCUCUUGGUUAUGCUCAAAAGUGUGGACUACCAUACGUUGAAGUACUCUGUAAAAAUCGAUAUGUAGGGAGAACAUUUAUCCAGCCAAAUAUGAGGUUACGGCAACUUGGUGUUGCAAAGAAGUUUGGCGUUCUGUCUGAUAAUUUUAAAGGCAAACGAGUUGUUAUCAUUGAUGAUUCAAUUGUGAGAGGCAAUACAAUUUCACCCAUAAUAAAACUACUGAGGGAAUCAGGAGCCAAAGAGGUGCACAUCCGUGUAGCUUCACCUCCCAUAAGAUUUCCUUGUUACAUGGGAAUAAACAUUCCAACUAAAGAAGAACUCAUUGCCAACAGACCUGAAUUUCAUGAUCUUGCAAACUAUAUAGGAGCAGACAGUGUUGUCUAUCUUUCUGUGGAAGGGUUGGUGUCAUCUGUGCAAGAAAGCAUCAAAGCAAGACAAGAAAACAACCCUAAAACCCACAAGUCACUUCUGGGAAAGCUUGGUCAUUGCACAGCGUGCCUCACUGGAGACUAUCCCGUUGAGCUAGAAUGGUGAACUUUUAGUGGAUGGACAUCAGUUCAUAUGUUGCUGAAUGUACCUUUUUCAGUGAUGCCUUCUUGCUAAAUAGCCUUCUUGCAUUUAGGUCAAACAGAAGCCUUAUGACAGUUAACUAAUUUCUUUUAGUAAAGCCUUACAGAAAGUCUGAUGUGCUGAUGAAAACAAUGUAAGUAGAUUAAAAUACAAAAUCAUAGUUUUGAUGCACACUUGUGCCUUCUAUUUUCUCACAAGAUGCUAUAAAAACCAAAGUUUUUUUAAUUAUGUAGAAGUCCCAAAGUUUGUUGUUUUGGUCUUGCCCUAAAAGCUUCCCCAUUAGACUUGUUCACAAAGCACAAAUCAUGUGAUGAUGUAAUUUCAUAUUAUCAAAGUUUUAAUGCAAAAGUAUCCGAAGUUUGCUUUUUUCCUUAGGAAAAAUACCAGAUUCUGAAGAAUGAAACUGCUUCCUCAGCAGUUGUUGCUUAGGCUUUUUAAGAGUGGAAGUGUCUAACUUUUGCAUACAGCCUUUUUUAAUUGAGACGUUUGUAACAGAUUCUAUGCACAUGAUGUCUAACAUGAUUUUUAAAAAUGAAGACUCAGGGAAGUGCUCAGCCAAAAGCUCUUUAGUUUUGUAACUUUAAAAUUCUGUUUUAGAAGUUAUGUAAUUACAUUAUCUUUGUGUGUUUCUAUCAAUUGCCAAUACAGUGUGGAAGAAGAAAAAAAAUACUUGGCACGGCCAUUCUUUUGUGUUUUACACCUUGUUUUCUCUGGGAUAAGUCUGACAAUUUCUGAAAUGUCCUUUUCAUUUGUCACAUCCAAAGGAAACUAAAAAAAACCCCAACUUUCCAUACUUAACGGUAAAAAUGAUAUGUCAAAUGAAGGUCAUGAGUUGUUUUGGAUAUAGUCUUGUUUUACUAGAUUACUGCUGUUAGAAUAAAUGUAAUGUUUAAAAAACUCAAGUGUUCUGAAGAACCAUUAGCUGUUAAAUACAUUGUGUUCAGUCGGUCAUAAUUACACAGUUACUGUAUACAGGAAGAUCACUUGGACAAUAACCACUAGCUGAAAAUGGAAAAGCACCUUUUCAAAACCAUUGCAAAUUUCCGCACAAUUUAAAAAAUGUUUUGUAUACCUCAGUCUUUCUCACUGAAUACCAGCAACUUUAGAUUUUCUAUUUAAUAUUGUGUAUUUUGGCCUUAUAAUUGUUUGUGACACUGUUGAAAAAAAUAAACAGAAAAGUUUAAGAGCUUCUUCCUUCCCCAUCAUCUUCCAUAUAGUUGAGACUACAGGAUUGCUAAUUAAAUUCAAAAGGGAGUUUUAUGUGGGAUUUGUAGCAAUUGUGCCUGAUUGACAAUCACAACCCAAAAGUCCUGGUUUGAAAAAGCAUGUAAAUACACAUACUUUAAUGAAGUCAAGGCUGUGACUUGUGCAGUGGAAUCAGAACCUACCUGCAGCCAGACCUAUGGGAAAACCUAGAUGUGAUGAGCAUGGGACUCUUACUAGCUGCUUCACCAGCACCCAGAUCUGCAUAUUAGGGGAUGUAUGUGGAUCUCUUCUAAUUAGCAAGUUUGGUUUUAACAGAACCAUAACAGUUCAUCUGGACAGAACAGAGUGGACACUGACCACCCCCUCUUCCAGGUUAACCAGGAAGGAGUAUGAAAAAAAAAC